AUGAGUGGGGAGUGGGUGCACCCAGGCCAGACCCUGUUCUGGGCUGUUUGGGUCCUUGCAGCUGCCACCGAGGGGCCAGCUGCAGAUGCACCAGUGAGGAACACCAGGCUGGAAUGGUCCCGGGGGAAGCAAGCUACUGUGCUGGGAAACGACAUGCCUGUGAACGUGUUCCUUGGGAUCCCUUAUGCUGCACCCCCUGUAGGACUCCUGCGAUUUGCAAAACCAGAGCCUGCAUUGCUCUGGAAUGAUUUCCAAAACGCUACGUCCUACCCUAAAUUGUGCCUCCAGAACUCAGAGUGGCUGUUCUCAGAUCAACACAUUCUCAAGGUGCAUUAUCCCAAACUCAGCGUGUCGGAAGACUGCCUGUACCUUAACAUCUAUGCACCGGCCCAUGCAGACACUGGCUCCAAGCUCCCCGUCAUGGUGUGGCUCCCUGGGGGUGCCUUCGAGACUGGCUCAGCAUCCAUCUUCCAUGGGUCUGCCCUGGCUUCCUAUGAGGACGUGCUUGUUGUGACUAUCCAGUACCGGCUAGGAAUAUUCGGCUUCUUCAACACAGGGGACAAGCACGCACUGGGGAACUGGGCCUUCAUGGACCAGGUGGCUGCCCUGACCUGGGUCCAGGAGAACAUCGAGUUCUUUGAUGGGGACCCACACUGCGUGACCAUCUUUGGUGAGUCAGCAGGAGCUAUAAGUGUUUCCAGCCUUAUUCUGUCCCCCAUGGCCAAAGGCUUAUUCCACAGAGCCAUCAUGGAGAGUGGGGUGGCCAUCAUCCCUUACCUGAAGGCCCCUGAUUACGAGAGGAAUGAUGAUUUGCAGAUGGUUGCAGAUAUUUGUGCCUGCAACGUGUCAGACUCCGUGGCCCUGCUACAGUUCCUGCGGGCAAAAUCCUCCAAGGAGUUGCUGAGCAUCAACCAGAAAACCAAGUCUUUCACUCGAGUGGUUGAUGGCUUUUUCUCUCCUCAUGACCCUUUAGACCUAUUGGCUCAAAAAUCAUUUAAGCCAGUUCCUUCUGUCAUCGGAGUCAAUAACCACGAGUGUGGCUUCCCGCUGCCCAUCAAGGAGUUUCCUGAGAUCCUCGGGGGCUCCAACAAGUCCCUCGCCCUGCAGUUGAUACACUCAAUCCUGCACAUCCCUGUCCAGUAUUUAUACCUUGUGGCUAAUGAAUAUUUCUACAACAAGCACUCUCUGAUUGAUACACGAGAUCGCUUCCUGGAUUUGCUUGGAGAUGUGUUCUUUGUGAUCCCUGGGCUGGUCACAGCUCAAUAUCACAGAGAAGGAGCUACAGAGGAAGAGAAACGGCUGAGCAGGAACAUAAUGAGAUAUUGGGCUAACUUUGCUCAGACUGGGAAUCCUAAUGGGGAAGGCCUGCCCCUGUGGCCGGCCUAUGGUCAGACUGAGGAAUACUUACAGCUGGACUUGAACAUGAGCGUGGGACAGAGACUGAAAGAGCUGGAGCUGGAGUUUUGCACGGACACCUUCCCCCUGAUGAUGUCCUCUUCCGGAACGCUCCUUGCUUCUCUUUCUUUCUUAACCUUCCUUUCUCUGCUCCUGCCUUUCAUUUUCUCUUCUGCUCCUUGA